AAAGAAUCAUUAAUAAAAGAAAAAGAAAAGGGAAUGGAAAUUCAACGUGAAAAGGUGAAUAGAAUGGAGAGAGUUUUACAAGAUAUCAACAUUCAUUCAAAAGAAAUAGACAAAUAUGUUAAAGCUAGACAAGAAGUUAAAUUAAGUGAUCAGAAAAGUAAAUUGGAUAAUAUUGUUGAAAAAUUGAAGGUUAGAAUGGACAAGCUUGAAGAAAUUAAUAAAUUAAUGUCUGCUGUUAAUGAAGAAUUAGCAAAUCAUCAACUGAAAGAAAGAGAAUUACAAGAUAACAUGAAACUCAUUGAAUGUCAAGAGAAAAUUUUAAAAAUUGAAGAAAAAUUAUCAGAUUUGCAGGAACAAUUAGGAAGUGAAGAGAUACUUUCUUUAAUGCAGAAAAAAGAUACUCUGUUAAAGCUAAAAGAAGAUUUAUUGUCUGAACAGCACAUUGCUCGUGGACGAGAAAAUGAAUUACAACAAAAUGUUCUUCAAUUGACUAAAAAAACAGAAAGUGACAUGUAUAAAAAUGCAGAUAAGAAGCAUAGAGAUAAAGUAAUUGAUCUUAAAACAACAGAAUUAACUUGUAAUGAUCUAAAUAAAUAUUACAUAGCAUUAGAUCGUGCUAUUUUGAGAUAUCAUGCUAUGAAGAUGAGUGAAGUUAAUAAAAUAAUUAGAGAAUUGUGGAUGAAAACUUAUGCUGGGAAUGAUAUUGAUUAUAUUGAAAUAAAAGCUGAUGAUGAUCAAGCAUUUAUUGGAUUAGAAAGAAGACGAACAUAUAACUAUAAAGUAGUCAUGAUUAAAGGAGACAUUGAAAUUGAUAUGAGAGGAAGAUGUAGUGCCGGUCAGAAAGUUCUAGCCUCUCUCAUCAUUAGACUUGCUCUAGCAGAAACAUUUUGUCUCAACUGUGGUAUCCUAGCACUAGAUGAACCGACAACAAAUCUUGACAGAGAAAACAUAGAACAUCUAGCUCAAGCUUUAGCAGAGAUUGUUCAGUCACGUUCUAAUCAAAGAAACUUUCAGCUGAUAAUCAUUACUCAUGAUGAAGAAUUCAUAGAAUUAUUAGGAAGAGCGGAUGCUGUGGAGUAUUAUUACAGAGUUAAUAAAGAUAGUUUCGGUUUUUCUAAAAUAACCAAGUGUUUGUUUUCCUCAAUGGGAUGAAUUCCUAUUUGGAUAAGAAAGAAAAAAAAACAAUGACUUCAACAUUACAACAAUCAAUUUUUAUUUCACCAAGUGCUCAAAAUGUGCAAAAAUACAGCCUUCUUAUAGAGUGCUUGGUCA